CAGACAGUCCAGGUGCAGCAGCCAAACACACAGACUGCAGCGACUGUACAUGUGCCUGUGCAUCACCUGCCACAGCUGUGUGAGGUCAGCCCUGCCUUCACGCUGGUUUCCCCAGAAACAGCCUCCAUGUCGCUGGCCUCACCUGCUGCACCGACCAAAGAGGAGCAAGCCAGAUAUUUCCGUCAGGCUGAGACGGAGAAAGUGCUCCACGCCCAGAGACACCCAGAAUGGACCCCCAGUGACAACUUUGGAAGUCCAACCUGCUCGCACACAACUCAUACAUCAAUACACACUGAAUAGAAGUGAUGAAACACAGUUUUUUAUCAGCAGAUAUCAGAUGGAAAGACUAAUGUGUUUGUUUUUGUGUAGGGCAAAAAGAGGAAGAGAUAGAGGAGCAAGGCUCCCACCAGGCUCCCACCAGGCUCCCACCAGGCUCCCACCAGGCUCCCACCAGGACUAAACUUCUGCAUCUCAACGUGAUGAGGGCACACAGUAGGCCAAGAAGCCUUGUGUCACGUGAAUGCAGACAGCACCGAUGCAGACUUUGUGGUCAUCACAACCAGCUGUGAUGAGGCCUCUUGAUGUGCACACAGUCCUGGUAUGUGAGGCUCCUCACACACAGACAGUCCAGGUGCAGCAGCCAAACACACAGACUGCAGCGACUGUACAUGUGCCUGUGCAUCACCUGCCACAGCUGUGUGAGGUCAGCCCUGCCUUCACGCUGGUUUCCCCAGAAACAGCCUCCAUGUCGCUGGCCUCACCUGCUGCACCGACCAAAGAGGAGCAGACCAAAUAUUUCCGUCAGGCUGAGAUGGAGAGAGUGCUCCACGCCCAGAGACACCCAGAAUGGUCCUGCAGUGACAACAUUGGAAGGCAAAAAGAGGAAGAGAUAGAGGAGCAAGGCUCCCACCAGGCUCCCACCAGGCUCCCACCAGGACUGAAGCUUCUGCAUCUCAACGUGAUGAGGGCACACAGUAGGCCAAGAAGCCUUGUGUCACGUGAAUGCAGACAGCACCGAUGCAGACUUUGUGGUCACACAACCAGCUGUGAUGAGGCCUCUUGAUGUGCACACAGUCCUGGUACCCGAGGCUCCUCACACACUGUUCAGAGCUGUGGAGGUUAAACCCACAUUUGCACCUCUGGUUGUUGCGUCAUGUGCCUUCCUACACAAUGUGUGUCUGGAUAAUGGGGACAUGCUGGAGCCAGAUGCAGAUGUUGACCAGGACAUCCUUAACCCCCAACCUCCCCAUGAGCCCCUAGCAGAUAAGGAGAGCUCUGGGAAUGCUACAAGGGAUGGACUGGCUGCCUUGGCCUCAGGCCAUGUGCAAGCCCCAUAAAUGUAUAUAGUUUGUUCUUUAACUUUUUUUGGAAACUUGUUGUUGAAUGUUUAAAACCAUUUGCUGUGUUACAAUUGUGCUUGGAUGCACA